AUGGCUCAGUUUGAACCUAAGAAUGUUGAUGAAGCUCUUCAAAGUUCUGAUUGGCUUAUGGCUAUACAAGAAGAAUUGCUUCAAUUUGUGAAAAAUGAUGUUUGGGAAUUAGUGCCUCGACCUAGUGAUGUUAAUAUCGAGUAUGAUUGGUAUUUGGUAGCAAUUAGGCUAGAUAUUUUGUUUAGUGUAGGUGUUUGUGUUAGGUAUCAAGCUGAUCCUAGAGAACAACACAUUCUUACAGUCAAGCGUAUUAUUCGUUAUGUCAAUAGUACAUUGAAUUAUGGAUUGGGUUAUUCUUCUGAGUCUAACUCUGAGAUUGUAGGCUAUAUUGAUGCUAAUUGGGCUGGUAACAAGGAUGAUAGAAAGAGUACUUCAGGUGGUUGUUUUUAUAUUGGUACUAACAUUGUUUCAUGGUACAGCAAGAAGCAAAAUUGCAUAUCUUUAUCAUCUUGUGAGGCUGAAUACAUUGCUGCUGGAAAUUGUUGCACAUAA